AUGCCGCAUUCCGUGACACCAGAAGCAAACUCACCAAACGCGGUCCCCGAAAAUACAAUGGCUGAAUCCCCGGUCAACGGCAACAGCCAGGCGACUGACGGCGAUGUCGCCAUGGCCGAGGUCGAUGCGCCAGCGGUGGCUGCAUCUGCAGAGAAGAAAGAUGUCAAGUUGGAAGAGCUCUUUGCGGACGCAGACUCAGACGACGAAUUUCCUAGUUCAAAACCACAAGAAUCCCCAUCCUCAAGUCCCCCAGGGAUCGCGACGCCCCCCUCUCCAACAGACAUUGCAGACUUGAAGGCUUCAGAUCCUGAAGUAAUGAGAAGUUUCUACCAGCGUCUCUUCCCCUGGAGAUACCUUUUCCAAUGGCUCAACCAUAGCCCCUCGCCAACCAACGACUUCAGACACCGAGAAUUCGCUUUCACGUUGCAGAACGACGCAUAUCUCCGAUACCAAUCAUUUCCAAGUCACGACCUCCUCCGCAAAGAUGUUCUUCGUCUCAUGCCCUCCCGUUUCGAAAUUGGUCCCGUCUAUAGCACAAACCCGCGCGACCGCAAGGAGAUCCGUAAUGCCAGCGCCUUUAAGCCCCUUGCAAAGGAGCUGUGCUUCGAUAUCGAUCUGACGGACUACGACGAUAUCAGAACCUGCUGCGACAAGGCCAAUAUUUGCAUCAAAUGCUGGCAGUUCAUUACUAUGGCGAUCAAGGUUGUUGAUGUUGCGCUGCGCGACGACUUCGGUUUCAAGCACAUCAUGUGGGUAUACUCCGGACGAAGAGGUGCCCACGCAUGGGUGUGCGACAAGAAAGCAAGAACAAUGGGAGACCAAAUGAGAAGGUCGAUCGCGGGGUAUCUGGAGGUCAUUAAGGGCGGUGCACAGAGCGGGAAGAAGGUUAACUUGUGGCGACCGCUGCACCCUCACAUCUCACGGAGUUUGGAUACUCUUAAAGCCCACUUUCAAGAAGACGUUCUCGAGGCACAGGACCCGUGGGCGUCUAACGAGCGCGCCGAACGCCUACUCCAGCUUCUGCCGGACAAGAACCUCAACGAGUCCCUCCGCAGGAAGUGGGACGCUGCUCCGGGGCGCUCGUCUAUCUCUAAAUGGGCUGACAUCGACACCAUGGCCAAGAGCGGCGCUAGCAAAAACCUCGACGCGAAAGCCUUGCUCGAGGCCAAGCAGGAUAUUGUGCUCGAGUAUACCUACCCUCGCCUCGAUAUCGAGGUCAGCAAGAAACUCAACCAUUUGCUUAAGUCGCCCUUUGUCGUGCAUCCCGGCACAGGACGGGUGUGUGUGCCAAUCGACACCCAAAAUCUUGAGGAUUUUGACCCCCUUGGCGUGCCAACGGUGCAGAGUUUGCUCGUAGAGAUUGAUGCGUGGAAGGGCGAGGAUGACGAUGCCGAAGGAUCACAGCAGAAGAGCGUGCAGGACUGGGAGAAGACGAGCUUGAAGCCGUACGUGGAGCAGUUCCGAUCGUUCGUGAUUGGAUUGAUGAAGGAAGAGAGGGAUGGCAAGGUCAAGAGAGAGAGGGAAGACGACUCGAUGGAGUUUUGA